AUGCGAUGCUGCCGGGGCCAGCCGAGCUGCGGCCUCAGCGGGCUCGCCGUGCCACCGCAAUGCUCCUUCCUCCCACUGCUCCCGCUCCUGCUGCUCCUCUGCCCGCUCCUCCCGUUCCUGCUCCUCCCCUUCCUCUCUGCCGCUGCCCUUCCUCCCGCUCCUCCUCCUCCGCUCCCGCCCCGGACCCCCUUUCGCUGCCCCUCUGCCCCACGGCCGCAGCACAGCGGCUCUCGGGCAGGGCGAGAAACCCCCCGGAGCCCCCGGCCAUGGGCAGGGGGCUCGGGGGCCCCCAGUGCAGACCCGCCCGUGCCGUGCCCCUCCCGCCCAGCCAAAAUUCCGCUCCCGGGGCUCGCUGGAUGCGAGCGGGCGGCGCAGUGCCGGCUUGGAUGGGAUCACAUCCAAGGAACACGGGAUGAGCGCACCUCCUACAGAUAUGCCAACUAUCAGCACUCACCCUCUGAAGACAAUGUGGACCAAGGUCCAAACCUGAAGGAGACUGGACGAGUGUUUCACAGGAAAUUGGUCAGUCCAUCCUCUGGCAGGAAUUGGGAAAGGCGCUGAGCUCUGCGGGUCUCCCCGGCAGCUGCCGAGUCUGAGCCUGAGAUCUUUCCUAAUUCUUUCUGUCCCUGAGACCUCUUUCCUAUUUCUCUACCUCACAUUUCUUGGUCAAUACUAUCAUCAAUAAAUACUGGUUCAGUAAAA